CGCUUUUGUGUCGCCUUGUGGCAGGUCGCCUCCGCAGUCGGCUACUUGAUAUUCGAUACCUGAUAGCUGCGCUUCGCCGUCGCUCAAACGCUAAAACGCUCAUACGACCCGUUGGCCCGGUACGAGAAACGCAGGAAAAGUGCGCCAACUUUCGGGCAAACUGAACGGAAUUUGAAAGUGCGGCAGGAUAGGCGUUGUCUGGCCUCUUUGGAGGUCCUGCUGGCGCCAAGCAACGCCCUUGAGGAGCGCGCAAUGCGGCCGCACACAUAAAUUGCCAUUAAGCAAGGACAAGCGAAUUGAAAAAGAAAAGGAAAAAGUAAAAUUGCCAAACCAUCUGCAAUAGCAACAAAUAGCACGUGGAAACUUUGCUGGCCAGCGAGCCAAGUGGCCAACAAACAUAAACAAAGAGCGCGCACAUUUAUCUAUCCAUUGGGCUGAACUUUUCGCAAAAUGCCAGCGGGUCGAGUGGCUGGCAAGGCCGGCUACUCCAAUCACUACUAUAAUGGACGCUCGUACGUGGGCAUCAACGAGGAGAUCAUGUGGGUGAGCAUCGGCAUGGGCGUGACCAUAGUGCUCCUGAUCACCAUCGCCCUCUGCUACAUUGCGCGCGAGAAGUGCCAGAAGCGGCAGCGGGAGUACUACGUGACCGCAUAG